GCGACAUUGGCUCGUUUGCUCUCCUCAAGAAUCACUUCGCCUCAAACCAUCCUUUCCUGACGAAUAUCUUCGUUCCUGAUACUAGGCCACUGGCAUUACGAAACCUCUAUGAAUGUGCUGCCAAGACACCUGUGCAUGUUAUGCGUCAGCUGGACAGAUGGCGCCGAGAUGGACAUCGCAGCUCAAAGUUCUUCGUCUGUACGCCGGUGUUGGGCUCCAAGAGGAGGAAGAUCAGGACCAAAGUCGAUAUCGAUAUCGAGACCAGUAUUCCUGAAGCCCUCGAGGAACUCAGAAGGUGGACUUCGAACGAAGCUCUUGGUGACAUCACCGUGACUCCAGAUUGUGCAAGUCGGAUUGCCAGUACUACCUAUACAGAUGGUAACACCACCGAUGGCACGAUUGGUUCUGAUGAUGAAGCUAUCGAUCACAAACUUCCGUCGCCUGAGGAACAGCUUCAAGUUGUGGCACUAAAAUUCCCGGCAGAGAUUAUUGCCGUCGAUAUAUCAGGCCGAAGUUUCGAUCGCAUGUCGUCACAAAGAAGGUCGCUAAAACCGAACGGCGAAGUACCAGGCCGACCGACAGAUGCCGCUAAUGUUGACGAUUCGACUACAGCCAAACGACGAUCGAGAACGAGGAGGACUCGAAGUAAAAGAAGAAAUACGUUGGCGGGAACCGAUCAGAAAGAAAUAAGGGAUGCUGUAACGGCCGCGGAGGGACCGUCCUCGCCGACAAACAGCAACGAGACUGAAUGUUCCACAUCUGGUGCUGUAUCGAGAAGCAAGAGCAGCGAUAUAUUACGCUCGUCAAAAAGAGAUACCCCAGAAGGCAAGAAGUCUCAUUUUAACACUCUGAAGCAAUGGGGAAAGAGCAGGUACGACAAGUUUAUGAACAAGAGUUCAGAAGGAAAACCAGACAUCAGAACAAGAGAAAGCAAAGAAAGCAUAGACGAAGUCAAUAUCUACGAAACAGUAACCAUGAAACGAAAACGGGAUCUAGAAAAAGAAAGAAGAACACACGAACGAAAUUCUUCGAUAUCUUCUUCAGAAAAAUCUAGCAUAAAUCUACCAAUAGCUAAUCCUUUAUCAUCAGUAAUGAAUAUAGCUGUCAAACUAAGAGACAGCUCUACCCAAAGAAGACUCAAGCGAUUGGGAAAUAAAGAUGAACCACAUUCAUCCAGUGGCAACUGGAGCGCUAGCUCAGAGAGCGGCCGGGCUUCGAUUGGGUCAGAAAUAACCUCAACCACUCAUCCGAAAUCGUCAACAUCGGCAGCUACUUCUAGCAACUCACUUAACAUACAACCCAGUUCAGUAAACAGUAGAAGACGAUUUAAUGUUAAUAUCUCUACAUCAGGCAGCGUUACCAGUGAGGGGACGUUAACUCCAGAUAUUAUCCACGAUCUCCAUGAAGAUGGAGAAACUAGUUCAGUUUAUUCAUGUGAUACAGAAGGUUACUACACUUCGUUUCAUAUGGACAGUGGUCUCAAAACUCUUAAAGAAGAAGACACUCCACCUACUCCUCUACAUUCCACUUCAGCAUUUUCUAAUUCAAACAAUACAGUAUUAUCGGCGGAAAAUGAGUACGAAUUAUUCGGAAGGGGCUCCACCUCAACCACAACUAGUUCCGCAGGAACUGUCUGUACCACUCUUAGAGCUGCAGAUAGUAACAAAUCGUUAAUAAUUGGUCCUGCGGUACCUGAAAGAAAAAGUUCCUUAUCAAAACUCUCUAACAAAUCAAAUGAAAGUUCAUUGGAAAGAGAUUUUAGUGAUAAAACUGGUACUGUGAAGCGAAGUCCUGCUAGCAAUGUUAAACCAGUAGUUGUAGCUGUAGUUCACAAACAAAACGAUGGUGACGUUUCACCUGAUAGUGGGCACAAUACCUCUAGUUCUCCUAUAGAGUCAAUAAGUAGCCCUAAUGGUGUUAGAAGUGGUUCUGAUUUCGAGUUUUCUGAAUCUUCCGAUAUGGAAGGCCCAGAAAGAAUCGAACGAAUCAGAGUAAAAACCACCAUCAAUUCAAGCAGAAUACCUUCGAUGUGUGUCAUUACUCCUUCUCACAGUGACGACGAAAGCGAGAAUAGUAGCAACUCUUCUCAUAAGAACUAUCAGAAACAACUCGAGGAAACUAAUGCUUUGAACAAAAAGAAUACUGAAGAUCAAAAGCGAGAAGAAUCUGGUAAUAUUCAACGAAUUAUUAGCACAACAGUAAAUGGAACCAAUAAGUUGUCGUUGGUAAGUGUUAAUCCACAGUCUGGUUAUGCAACUGUGGAACGUAUAGAUCAACCUGAUGGCGCUAUAAAACCUAUUGAAACUAAAGCUAGUGGCAUUAGAGCACCUAGUCCAAGUGGAGGAACUGUCACAGUGAAAGAGGAAAUAAAAGCAUCACCACCUCAACCAAUCAUCAAGGCUUCACUUUUACCAUUAAAUAACAUGUUUGGUAGAUUGAAAUCAAAUAUUGUCAAUUUUGCUCAGAAACGUGAUAGAAGUAAGUCUCCUAAUGCUCAAAAAGACCAUAUAGUAACCAAUUUGGAUGAUAGUAUGUUUGAUGCGGGAGAAUAUGUAACCAUAGCUGAUGUAAGAAAUAAUAAUGAAAAAUCCUCAGUGGUUACUACACAACAAGAUAUAAACCGUGUUCAAGAUAUUGUAAAUAAAAAUUUAACAACUGUACUCUCGGGCAAGAUAAGAGAUACUGAGUAUGUGUGCCUUAAUGAACUGCCAUGUAAUGAGAAUAAUAACGUAACUUCUAGCAGUGUAGACUCUUUAGAAAGAAAAAGACAGGGAGCCAGAGUAAUUCUUGAUGCUGAAGGCAAAGUUGUAUAUAGUUCUGACAGUUUAAGAAGAAGAAAAGGGGCCCACACCACUUUUGAGCCAGGAAAAAAUGUUAAGCCCACGAAUAGUCCAUCUCCCAGUCCUUUGCCCACUCAUAGGGUAAUGAAACAAGUCCGACCCAUAGCCAACAGCCAAAAUCAAAUGAUAGCUGCUGUUCCUACCGUGGAGUUCAACAGGCCUCUGUCGCCCCAACUGCAAAAGAUCGUCAUCAAAGCUACUACAGGCACAGCAGAAAUAAUAAGAAAACCUCCGUCCACUAUCGUAACGCCAGGCAACACUCCCACGUCUCCCAAAACGCAAGUUUCUAGGGGGGCUUACGUUAACAUGCAAGAAAGUGGAGCCAAUCCUGCUCAUGAUAAAGAUCUGCAGUUGUUCCAAGUGAACGAGUACAGAGUCCGACCAAGCAACUUCCCAGUCCAAGCCAACCUCCAGGAAGUCCAAAAAACGUCCAAAAUAGUCCACAAGAGAUGUAUCGAUAUGGUUACGGAGAUCAGCUGUUGGACAUGGAUGCCAACAGGUUUAAUCAGUAUUACCUUCCUCGGGGUACCAACAUGUACUCUACACUGCCUUCCAAGAAAACUCAAUUUUUCAAUAACGAAUUUAAGGCAGAGAGAUCUGUCACGCCUGACAUUACUAGAGGCCUAGAACGAAACAGUUAUUUCGAUCAACGAAGCGGCGUUCAAAGGACAGAACAUACGAUGUUGAAUCAACGAUUGGGCAUUCCAGUCCAAAUGCCUGACAUUAAUCGUCUGCACCUCCAUUUUGUGCCUUCAACCUACACACCUCAAAGAAACGAAUCUCCGAGAUAUAUAUCCCAACCAAAUAUAUAUGAAGAAGCAGAUUCUAUUAGAAUAUCUCCUAUAGAUCCUAGAAACUCAGCAGGAUUUCAGUCCUCAACUCCAUCAGGAAAGACUGAGCUCAGAGCAGCGUCCAAUUUAGAAAAUAAACUUUUAUCCCCAAAGAAAUCAACAAUGUCGAAUGAAGAACUAUAUGCCGUUAUUCACAAAAGUAAAAAGAAGAUGAAUAUUGAAGCAGAAGAUUCACCGAGAUCGUCACCUUUAACAGUACAAGAAACUUCCAAAAAACAAAC